CUUCAGUAGACCUUACUGAGCAUGGGCUGAUCGCGCACGCAUGCGCAGGAGCAGCCAUCGGCCCCGCCGGGCUCGGACAGUAAGUAACGCUACCCUUGAGGGGAGAGCUGGUGUGUGAGGCUCGGGCUGGGCCACGCCCCUCUGUGGGCGGGGCCCGGAUCCGCCCCGCCCCGGCCCGCGCGGAGGAGCGGUCCGAGAGCCGGCCUGUGUCCCGGUCGGCUCCUGUCCCCGUCCCCGUCCCCGCUCCGGCCGCCGGCGUCAUGCAGGAGGCCGCGUCCGCAGCCCGGCUGGGCACCAUCCUACGGCACCUCUGCCCCCGGACCGGCGCAGCCGCCCUCACAGCAUUUCCUACUUCAGCACAAAUUGCUUCUGUUAAACACCCAGUGGAGUUUCAUUACACCCUGGACAAUAACCUUUUAACUCCAGAGCAGAGGCACUUUUAUGAUGAAAAUGGUUACCUGCUCAUUAAAAACCUGGUUUCUGGUGAAGACAUUGAGCGUUUCAGAAGUCAGUUUGCAAAGAUCUGUAAAAAGGAGGUACAGGUGCCUGGUUUAAUCAUAAUGAGGGAUGUGGCCAUUGCUAAAUCGGAGUUUGUUCCAGAUCAAAAAGCAGUUACUAAAGUACAGGAUUUUCAGGAAGAUGAAGAGCUCUUCAGAUAUUGUACCAUGCCUCAGAUCCUAAAAUACGUUGAGUGCUUCACAGGGCCAAACAUCAUGGCCAUGCACACGAUGUUGAUAAAUAAACCUCCAGAUUCUGGCAAGAAGAGCUCUCGCCAUCCCAUGCAUCAGGAUUUGCACUACUUUCCAUUCCGGCCUGCAGAUCUCAUUGUGUGUGCCUGGACCGCUAUGGAGCGGAUAGAUCGCAGCAAUGGCUGCUUGGUUGUUUUGCCAGGAACACACAAGGGUUCCCUGAAGCAACACGAUUACCCUGAUUGGGAGGGUGGGGUUAACAAGAUGUACCAUGGGGUGCGUGAUUACAACAAAAACCUUCCCAGGGUUCACCUUGUUAUGGAGAAGGGAGACACAGUAUUCUUCCAUCCCUUGUUGAUUCAUGGCUCUGGAAUGAACAGAACUCAAGGCUUCCGGAAGGCGAUAUCUUGUCACUAUGCUAGUGCAGGUUGCCACUAUAUUGAAGUCAAGGGCACUAGUCAAGAAAACAUUGAGAAAGAAGUUGUAGAAAUUGCACAAAGAAAAUAUGGUGUGAGCACGCCUAUCACGCUGAAGGAUACUUGGAUGGUACGAGGGCGGCUUGUAAAAGGAGAAAGAACUAAUCUUUAGAACAGUUUUUGAAUGGCAGAGUUAGAAAAAUGUGUACCUGAGCAUUGUGUUCCCUGAUCAGAAACCAUGGUCCUCACAAAUUUGCAUUGCAUUUGUUAGAAUUUAUCCAAAUAUUGCACCGAACGUUCAUUUACAACAAAUUAGUCAUACAAAAUAUUGUAAUAUGAAUGUACUGAAGUUUAACAAAAUUUAGCUAAUAUAUACUUGGCAUAUUUUUAACCUGUUAACUACAGUAAAGACUUCUAUUUUUGUAAUUUUAAAAAUCAUUUGUUUUAAAAUCCACUGCUUAUGAAAUGGAUGAGAACUCCCAUCAAAUCAGCUCUUUAAAUACUCAACACUGUUACUUAAGAACCAAUUUGGAUUCAGAUGGGUCUAUCCUGAUGUAAUUUUUGGCUGCUAUUAAUGUAACUUUUAUGCUGACUAAUGGCUAUAGUGAGUCUAACCCUGGGUGGAAAAAAACAGUUGCAUCAUCUAGCCCUUUACCUUUGCUGGAGCAUGACUGUAUAUUUUCUAGUCCUUUGUCCAGUUUAUUAAAUGUCUGAAGCGAUUGUGCUUUUACCAAUUCCUUUGGGAGGCUAUUGUGGAAUCUAAUAGAUCUCACUGCCAAGAAGUCUUUCCUAAUAUUUAACCUACAUUCCCCCUCUUUAAUUUUCUACCAUUACUCCCUAUCUUCCUAAAUAAUUCUUCUCUCCUUUUUACUUAAGCUUCAAAUAAUAAGCUUGUGUGUGUGUGUAUGUAAAAUUCAUGGUAACUAACAUGUACUGUAUUGAAAUGAACACAAUUUGGAGAAAAAUGUCCUCUACCCCUUAAAGACAUGUAAUAUUCUGAUCAGAAGCAAAGUAAUUUUAACUGUGGUGUGGUAGUCACUGUGACAGUGGUUAUCUCUGUGGACAGUGAAUUCAUUUGAAACUAGUUGUGUGGGAUUGAGUAAUUUAUCUUUAACCUUACUUGCAUCCUUUCCCAUUUUAAACAGAGGAGGGGUUUCCUCUUUUGACUCUGGCAUCUGUAGGGGUAGACUGGGUAGUUGACUCCAGUGCAGGAAAAUUAUACAGAAUGAAAGAAAAUAAAUAUAUUAAAUAAAAAUGGGAAGAAUGGGGAUGCUCAUUAUAAUUAUCACGGGGCAUAAUAUCUGGUGUACUGAAAUGCAGUUUUUUAAAUCAUUGUUUUGUUUCAAAAAUAAAAAUGUUUUUGAAAUGCAGAUUAAACUAGAGCAAAAACCAAGUAUGGGCGCAUUGUAUUAUUUUUACAUAUUAGUCUGGUGACAGAUGUUAUAGAAAACCCUUAUGACAGAAAGAUUGUGGGUUGUGGUGAUUGAUGAUCCUGUCAAUUUCAUGAUCCUUUUAACAGGUAGCCUUAAAACUAUUCCAUAAAUAGUUAAAAUAUGCUUAACCUGAAAACCUGGAGAUCAUUUCUGUGGCAUCUUUGUGCCUGAUGGAAAGCCCACUGAAUUUCUCUCGCGGAGCCCUCUUCAAUUAAUUGAAGUCUUUCUGGUGACUUCAGUAGGCUUUGGAUCAGGCUUUUUCUAACUACCUUCAUGGGAUCUUUGUGAUGAUAUCUGACAGGAACACCUUAAAGACAAGAUUCACUAGCAGACUUGAUUCUUUAGGGCUUUGUGCAUGUAACUUAGCUGACAGCAGAGGGAGCUGUGGCCAUGGAAGAGCUGCAGAUUUUCUCAAAUUCCCAGCCAGCAAACCCUUUUUUAAAGAUGGAGUUAAGUUUGAGUUAAAUUUAUCACUUCAGGAAAAACCCCUUAAGCAAAUGUUACAGGAUUCUGUAAAAAUCAUUUUGGCUGUAAAUUCAAAAUUACAUUUUCACAUUCCUUAAAGAGUAUGGAAAGACACAGUUAAGAUCACCUGUAUAACCUAAACUCAGCCUUUCUUCUACCUGUGAACCACCAGAGUUAGAAACAAUGACAAAAUGUUCAUUGACUUCAGUGGGAGCUGGAUUGGGCCCAGCAUGAGCCUUGAAUUGUGUGUGCGCACACAUGGUAUUAUAGGAUGCAACAAUAAACACAUUUCAUUAAGCUAAUUUAGCCUUCAUCAGGGAUAACACGCAGUUAUAUCAUCUAAACCAUACCUGUGCCAUGCAAGUAUCCAUUCUGUGAAUCCCACCCUCAGGUGCUUAUUUCUCCCCAUUCAUUGUGCAGGGAGCCAAGGCACCUAACUCAGGCUUUGUGAAUCCCAGUGAUUUUUCUAGUUGCCCAAAAGUUAGAUGGUGCCAUGUUUCCUUGUGACUCCCAUCUGAUGUAGAUCAUAGGUCAUCCAAAUAGCAAAUGAGACAUGGUCAUUCCCUGCGUACACAAUACCAGAAUGAAGCCAGUGGGGAAAUGCUUUUUGGCAAAUAGUGUUGGAGUGCUGCCACGGAUUAUGCAAAGCAAGUUGUUGAGCUGUUAGUUGGUCUUAUGGGAGCCAACCAGAAUCAUCCCUUGGAAAAAGGCCUCUCCCUCAUCUCCCUGGUACAGUCCCCUUCACCCCCUAGCAAUUUGUCCCAAUUUCUGUUCCCUUCAGUGCCUGAAGACCCAGCUCCCUGCACCGCUGUAUUCUCCCCUCCUCAUUGCCUCAGCACCAGCAGGGGGAAGCACUGAGAAUACAGCAUAGAGCAGUGGUUCUCAAACUUUUGUACUGGUGACCCCUUUCACAAAGCAAGCCUCUGAGGGUGACCAUCCCCCCCUUAUAAAUUAAAAACAGUUUUUACAUAUUUAAUACCAUUAUAAAUGCUGGAGGCAAAGCAGGGUUGGGGUGGAGGUUGACAGCUUGUGACCCCGCCUGUGUAAUAACCUUGUGACCCCCUGAGGGCUCCCAACCCCCAGUUUGAGAACUCCUGGCAUAGACAGCCUCCCUCCUUUCAGCCCCAGUUCUUGGACCUACAGUAGCCGGGAGCAGCAAUUGCAGGGUUGGUCCUGCUCAGCUUCUGCAGCUGUGGACUGGAGCAUGCCCAGUCAUGCUGUGGAGAUGGUGUAUGCACAAUCCAGUCCGCACAUCUCAGCAGUGGGGGGAUGAAGCACACUUAGUCACUGAAGCAGUGACUCACUCCCAGGUGAGUGCCCCCUGGGCUGGGCUAUAAGGUCAUAUUUUCUCUCUCUUUCUAACCCCCAUCCCCAAUGAGUGAUUAAGCAUUGUAUACAAAGUAAAGAAGCUUCAAUAGGCAAGACUGAGAUACCCCAUAGCUCAGUAGUUAGGGCACUCUUGUGGGAGAUGAGAAACUUCAUUUCAAGUCCCUGCUCCACAUCAGAGGAGGAAUGUGUAUCAUAACUGCCCACGGCGGGGACUGCUAUAACCAGCAGGCUAUUGGGCGUAAGGGGGAGAACCACCUCCUCCAGCUGUGUUUUGUGCAGGACCUGAUCCAUUAGACACGUUUUGAGGCCACCUAGGUGAGACAGCUGGGGGAAUGCCUACUAUGUGACUCUCCCCCAGGAGUUAGGCACUGAACUACAGGAUUUAAGAGGCUGAGUGCAUGCCCAUUGGCAGAAAUUUAGGCAUCUGGAGGACCUUACUGGUGGAAACGUAGAGGCUGGGGGAUUUUUAGGUACCUAUAGGGUUAGGCAGCAGCCUUGAAGCUGUUAGUGUCUACGUGGUGGUGUCAGGUGCCUAAAUAUCUUUGAGGAUCCAGCCCUUUGUGCCUCAGUUCCUUUAUGUAAAAUGGGGAUAAUAGCACAUCCCCCCCAGGGGUGAUGUGGGGAUAGGUCUUUUAAAGAUCGUGAGGUGCUCGUAUAAGUACCUCAGAUAGGCAAUAGGUAGUAAAGGUGUGAGAGCACAGCCGCAGGGGGGGGAGUUGCCAUUCAGAAAGAGCUGCUGCUGUCUCCACUGCUCUUACCUGGGAGUGUCAUGCUUGUAAAUGACAUCCGAGUCCAGUGCAGGUUGACUAGGGCCUGGUCUACAUUACCAAGUUUUGCCAGCAUAGCUGUGUCAGCUAGGAGUGUGCGGGGAAAAAAAUCGCAGGCCCUCGGUUCGCUUAGGUGGUUCCCUGCUCAUCUGGCUGGCUUCUGAGGGCCCCUUUCCCAGAGUAUGUCUACACUGCAAUUAAGCAUCUGUAGCUGACCUGUGUCAACUGACUCGGGCUUAUGGGGCUCGGGCUACUGGGUCGUAAAACUGCAGUGUAGACGUUCAGGCUUUGGCUGGAGCCUGAGCUCCAGCAACCUGCAAAGGGGGAAGGUCCCAGAGUCCAGGCUCCAAACAUCUAUGCUGCAAUUUUGCAGCCCUGCAUCCCGAGCCCUGCAAACCUGAGCCAGCUGACAUGGGCCUGCCACAAGUGUUUAACUGCAGUGUAGACGUACCCUCAAGCGCCUAACUCUCCAUGUGCAUUGUAUUACUCCUGGGGGAAUUCUGCGCACAACAUUUUACAAUUCUGCAAAUUUUAUUUUUCAAAAUAACAAUAUAAUCCUGCCCGUUUCAAUUAUUUUGGUAACUUAUUUCAAAAUACCUGUCUACAAAUAUGUACAAUACAGACAAAAAAAAGAUUCAGGAAAUGUUUUUUGACAAAUAGAUUCCUUACUAGGCAUAUUAAUGCAGAUAUUUGAGUAAUAAUUUACUUAACCUACAACAUUUACAGAAAUGUGUUUCCUGGACGCCCCAGAAGCAGUGCGAAGGCUUGGAGUUGUCAGGAGGAGCUGAGGGAAAGGGAAGUAAUUGCUGGGAAAGAGCCUGGUAGUGAACCUGGAGGACUGUUGGACAUGGGUAGGAGAAGCUUGAUUGUGGGGCGGCUGACCCUGUGAAAUCCUUGCUGGAAAUCCUCAGUGACUGAAUUCUGGCUCUCCAUGGACUUUUCUCUAGGAAUUGUGUUGAAGUGCCAGGAGAGGAGAGUGUCAAGCUGCCCAUUCACCAAUCAUCUGUGGACUCUCGGCAACUUUUAACCCAUUUUACUCCCAGUCCUGCAAAACUUUAGUAGACAAAACUUCAAUGAAUUCAUUGGCGCUACUGGCAUGAGUAAAGUGAGCAGGAUUUUGUUAGAGCUCCAGCACAAUAGGAUUUUCAUAGCAUUGUGCCUCCAGUGUGGGAAGCAGGAUCAUCCUUUAAAUGUGGACAUUCCAAACGAGGAUUCUGACCUGUCAAAAGAAAGCCUGGAACUGUAUAAAAACACCUGGGGUCCUGAUCCUUUUCAUCUCAGAUCUGCUUAAUGCUUCAUGCAGGGGAAUCUUAAACCAUGAGGCUGAGAUCUCCAGUCCUAAUCUGGAUCACCCUCAAUAUGAGCAUUGGACUAUAACCUAUGGAUUAAUUCUAAAAGAACUCUUUGCAACUACAAAGCUCACCAUCUCUACUAUGAAUCUAAUCUCAAAACUGUACUCAUGUCUAUAUGUAUAGUGAUCUUUUAACCAAUAAUCUCUCUUUUCUUUUUAAAUAAAUUUUAGUUUAGUUAAUAA